AGCGUCUGGGCGGCGGGGUUGCUGGCCUUCCCGUAAGAGCUCAGAGGAAGGAGAGAAGCGGCCGACACCGUGCAGGGCGCUACGCCCCGGGAAGCCGCCUUGGAUAGCGCCACCCGCUGCUCGAGGCUGCCCGCCGCUGAGACCAGGGCCAGGCCGCGAACACAGUCUCCGUGUUGGGUGCGGUGCCUCGGGGCUUCCAGAGGCUGUCAAGCCCUAAAGCCUAGUGGCUCGGCGGUGACGCCCGCCCAGCUGGGCCAUGUCAAAAGGCUCUGGUUCUGCCCCGCUGCCCUCGACCCCGGGGUCCCGGAAACUCGUGCCCCGGAGCCUCAGCUGCCUCUCGGACAUGGAUCGACGACCCUGCAGACCCCCGGGCUGCGACCCUCGGCUGCGGCCCAUCAUCCAACGACGCUCGCGCUCGCUGCCCACCUCCCCCGAGCGCCGUGCCAAGGCUGCGGGAGCCCCGGGCGCCGCGUGCGGAGCUGGCUGCAACCGGCAGGUCCGGGUGCGCUUCGCUGACGCGCUGGGCCUGGAGCUGGCGCAGGUCAAGGUGUUUAACGCAGGCGACGAUCCGUCCGUGCCGCUGCACGUGUUGUCGCGCCUAGCCAUCAACUCAGACCUGUGCUGCAGCAGCCAGGAUCUGGAGUUCACGCUGCAGUGCCUGGUUCCCGACUUCUCGCCGCCCAUCGAAACCCCAGGCUUCGGAGAACGCCUGGCACGCCAGCUUGUGUGCCUGGAACGUGUCACCUGCUCUGACCUGGGCAUCAGCGGCACAGUGCGCGUGCGCAACGUGGCCUUCGAGAAGCAGGUGACGGUGCGCUACACCUUCUCUGGCUGGCGCAGUGCGCAUGAGGCAGUGGCGCGCUGGAGAGGACCUGCAGGUGCUGAAGGUACCGAGGACAUCUUCGCCUUCGGCUUUCCAGUGCCUCCCUUCCUGCUGGAGCUCGGCUCCCAGGUACACUUCGCACUGCGCUAUGGCGUAGCUGGUGCUGAGUACUGGGACAACAAUGAUGGUCGCGACUAUAGCCUUACUUGUCGCAGUCAUGCCUUGCACAUGCCACGCGGGGAGUGCGAGGAGAGCUGGAUUCACUUCAUCUGAGCUGCGGGCUGUGAACCAGGAGCUUCCAUCUCUGCAGACCUGCAGACACUUCCCCACCAGUGCAGCUCUCUGAGCGGCCAUCUCCCAUCCCAGCCUUCCUUCCUAGUGGUCUGGCCUAAUUUUUCACUGUGAAGCCCUGCGGCGGUAGCCUGGCCUGUCUUGUAGUGAAUUCUCUUGAGAGCCUGGCGGUCAGCCUGUGUAACACGUUGUUGGGGGGGGGGGCAGAUGCACGGGAUUGUGGUCCUUAAUUUCAGUAGGACCCAGGUCAGUGUUUUGCAAGAAAGGCCUUUUGCAUGUCUCCUCUAUGUGUCUGAAUAUAAGUAGCUGUUAUUUAUUAUUGUGAAGUUAGACUUCCACCCAUGGAGAAUGCUUUCUCAGGAAUACUCUAAUCAGCUUAGAGGAGGCCUGCUAUCUGUUUUCACCCACCGUAAUAAUUGUACAGAUACACAGUGUGGCCUGCAUUAUGGUCCCUCGAGGCAUUUCUGCCCUGGGACGGUGAAAAUCUGAGACCAUGUUUGCUUGCCAAUGUCUGUAGCCUUCCAACAGUAGAAACUAUUAAUAGCGAAGGAACUUGCAGCUCAUCUGUCAUCACACAACCAUUUCUGGGCUUCGAGGCUGCCCUGGUUAGGCGAUGCCUCCCACAUCAACAGCUGGGGAGGAGUGGACAGAAAAGCUUCCAACCAUGCAACUUAGCCCAGAUAGCCCUUUCUCUUCAGGGACUGCCUGUUCACACAUUUGUCUUCUACUGGUCUGGUUCUGGGUCUGCUUGUUAGCAGGGCAUAUAUAAAUAUAUAUAUAUUUUGAAACUACCUGAGCCUUUAAAAAGAUCUUGCCUUAAGUAUUUUACGUUUUCAAGUGGCCACAGGGAUUCAGGCAGGCAUGUCCUUCCCGGGGACCUUUUUCCACGAAAGAAGCAACAUUUUUAUUUCUAAGUAUGGAAAGAUUCCAGGAUUCAUAUUUUAGAAGUCAGCUUCCAAAUGAACCUGGGUGGUUCUCAGAAUUAGCCAAGGUACUGGAGGAAAAACAGCUCGUGGAUUUUUAUUCUCCUAAUGUGUUUUAAAUUUGUUAUGUCAGGUUUAACAGAUACCACUUCAUUCUUUGUGCCUUCGGUUAGGAAAGUUGCUAACAUUUUUUUACGGGCUUAAUUCCCAGUUUUAAAAUGUUAUACUUUAAAAAAAACCAAACAACAACCAAAAUCUCCAGACCACUCACUGGUCCCUGCAGGGUGCGCCUGCUGUUUAAAGCCCCCAUGAAGAGGCUUGCAAAUAUUUUUGGUGCUGAACUCUGGUCUCUCCGACAGCAGGUGCUAGAACUGUGGUGGACAAGACCUGCAAGAUGUGACUUUUGCUUUUGAGACGGUGGAUGUCCUGUGACAGAUUGACUUGGUGACACUCGUGGCGAGCGUGGUGCUCGUUAAACCGUCAUGGCCGGAGAUGCAUUUUACCCUUGAACCCAUUAGGUUUUGAUACUUGAAACUUCUGCCUUUUAAAAAUUCCAAGAACAGUGUUGGGCUCCUCUGCUACCUUUCUGGACUGAGAAAAGUUCUGACGUAAAAUGCCACAAUAAAACCACCCUGCCUUUGGCUGUGAGGGCUCUGCACUGUGUUAGCAUUCAGGAGUGAGAAGCUCCCAGUGGCAUUUCCCUCAUUGCUUAACAAACUGUUCAAUUAGGUCAGCAAACCCUCCCCCCCCGCGGGGGGGGGGGCUCAUGGCAGCUCUGUCCUCGGCCCCUAUCCAGAGGGCAAGAGAAUCGUCCAGACUCUUCAAGUCAGGCCAGAAAUUUGGGGAGCACUGAUGUUCAGGAGCACGUAGAGAGUUUUACAGUCCGUGGGAAAGCCCCUCACUGGUCCGCAGGUUCUGGUUACAGAAAAGUAAAUGACGCAUCAUCAAAACUAAAAGAACCUGAAGGUGCCUUUAAGACACAUCAGCUCUAAGAGAUAGUUCUGCUUGGUUAAAUAAAUAAAUGAAUAAAUAAAUAAAACGCUGUAGAGAUAAUUCAGGGUGAACUUUCUGACCCUAAGACACACUUUAGGCCUGUUGAGAUGUUAAAACUGUGUUUGUCAAUUGUGCACUCGCUGAGUUGUGUUUUACUGCCUGUCACUUCAAGUUGUUUUACUCGAGCCUGAAUAUUAAAACGUGAAAAAAAAAAGUCCCUUUGUUAAA